GCUCAGGAUUGGGGCAUGUCGAGGAACGGAGGCCAUGGACCGGGGCGGGGUUUGGUUAACGAAAAGGGAGCAGCUAUAAAGAAGGCGGGGCUUGCCUUCGAAGAGGCGUGGCUCUGGGAGGGGCGUGGCUUUGGGAGGACGGUGACUCGGCAUGGGACAAGUAACCUGUGCGCUGUAAAAAAGGUGGAUGUGUUCCGACAAAAUCUCUUCCAGGAGGCUGAGGAAUUCCUCUCAGUCUUCCUACCACAGAAAAUCAUACAACUAAAUCAGCUUUUGAAGGAGGACUCCUUCAACGUGGUUGACCUAACCUCCCUUCGAGCACCAUUGGACAUCCCUAUUCCAGACCCUCCACCCAAAGAUGAUGAGAUGGAGACAGACAAACAAGAGAAGAAAGAAGUCCCCAAGUGUGGUUUCCUCCCUGGGAAUGAGAAAGUCCUGGCACUACUUGAUCAAGUAAAGCCAGAGGUUCGGACCCUCAAAGAGAAGUGUAUUCUGGUGAUCACCUGGAUCCAACACUUGAUCCCCAAGAUUGAAGAUGGCAAUGAUUUUGGGGUGGCCAUCCAGGAAAAGGUUCUAGAACGAGUGGCAGCGGUGAAAACCAAAGUGGAAAGCUUUCAGACAACCAUUGCCAAGUACUUCUCUGAACGUGGAGAUGCUGUGGCCAAGGCCUCCAAGGAAACUCAUGUGAUGGAUUAUCGGGCUUUGGUACAUGAACGAGAUGAAGCAGUCUAUGGGGAACUUCGGGCCAUAGUAAUGGAUCUCCGUUCUUUCUAUGCCGAGCUCUAUCACAUCAUCAACAGCAAUCUAGAGAAGAUCACCAACCCAAAGGGUGAAGAGAAGCCAUCUAUGUACUGAGCCUCAGGGCCAUAAAGGAAAUAAACAAUCUUAACUCCUCUAA